UCAAUCUCCACCCUUCUGCCAUCACCCAUCCCUCUUCUAAUGUUGGUCGCAUCAUACAGACAAUGGGGACAGAGAGCCUUCGAUGAGGGGAAAUCUGUGGGCUUCAUGGGAGCUCUUCACGACGGACAUCUGUCUCUUGUUCAGAGGUCACUGGCCAAAAAUGAGCUCACAGUUCUUUCCAUCUUUGUGAACCCACCCCAGUUUGCCCCGCAUGAAGACCUCGCCACGUACCCUCGCACCUUACCAGGAGACCUGGAGCUCCUUACAGCACAGCAGGUUACUGUGGGCGAGACUGUGAGGAAAGCCUCUGCCAUAUUUCUACCCUCAGUCCAGGACAUGUAUCCAUCUGGUAUAAGCCAAGAUGUUUCAACACAAAAGGGAGCGUUCGUCGAGAUGAAGGGAUACAGACAUCAGAUGGAAGGCGCAAGCAGGCCC